GCUGUUACUGAUAUUUUGAAUAUACUUAAUAAAACUAAGUACAGUUUCAUGAUAUAUAAUCGCUCAGAAAACCAACGAAAUCACUAGAAGACAACAAAAUUGGGAUAGAAACAAGUCAACAGGUUCUGGGUUGAAGUAAGAAGUGAAUGAGUGUUUUUCACUUGUACGUGGAGAAGCAAGCAGCAAAAACACGUGCAUCCUGCUUUCAGUCCACACUUAACUGAACCUCGUUCUCCCGUCCUGUUCGACUUCUCUUAUUCCGAUAACAAGGACCACGGUUUUUUACCAAUGUACGAAAUUCCUAACAGAGCCGAAUAUAAUGUUGAUAAAGAACCACAGAAUAAAACAUUGAGCUCAGAAGGUCCUGAACUCGAGUUUGUCUAUCAAGAAGAACGUCACUAUCCUUCAGGGAACCAUCCAGCCACCGUUGCUGUGGAGAGGCGUGAGCUAUCAGCCAAAUGCGUAAUCUUUACUUAUUUUACCGGAAAUGCUGAUUCGGUUGUGGAUGAGCACUUUUCAAGGGCUCUUCAGGGAAAAUCAACUGACAAUAAGAUCACUACAGCUCCAUCAUCUCUGGUCACUGCUCCCAUGUCAAGACGACAUUUUCCAGCCUCGUUUUGGAAUUUCAGUUCAGGUCCAUCAAAUAAAAGUGGAGGAUCACAGAAUGGUACAGUUUUGGCUACUACCAAAGUUCACGAAGAUGUGUCUACUAGCGGCAAUGUGACCUUUAAAUGCACUUCCUGCAGUUCUCGCUCAUCGGUUCCGUUCUAUACAAAUGUACAGCAAACCGGUCAAAACUACUGGCACUCGAUCUCAAGUUCCACAUACGCUUAUUCGCCGAACAGUUUCUCUCGAGCACCCACCUUUGCAUGUUCAGACCUAUCAUCAGGAAAUUAUUAUCAAUCUUCUCAAUGGCCUUGCAAGUUACCCUCAGAUAUCCAAUCAUUUGUACCAGUCGCCUCGUUCUCUCAGUCCGCUCUAGUUCCGUUAGAACAGACUGGAGAUACGUCUAUUGGAUCGUCAUCAUACAACAAUCAACACCUGCCCAGGAAUGUAAUAAAGUCCAACUUCAGCUCCAUCUAUAAUCCUACAAGACCAGGCAUGUAUAAACCAGGCAAGACAGAUUUUGUGCAACACAAAAUCGAGACCACAACCAGGGAUCCAGUAAAGAUGAAGACCUACCAGAUGCCCUAUGUGAUGAGAGACCUGAUCAAGCAAGAAGUCAAAGUAAUGUUAGAAGCCAGAAUCAUUGAGCCUUCGAAUUCAGCCUUCUGUUCACCAAUGGUAAUCAUGGAGAAGAACAACUCAAACCACUUCUGCAUAGAUUUUCGGAAGCUGACGAAAUUUGACUCCAAACCUCUACCCGAUGCACCAGCUCCAACGACCGAACAGCAGGUCAGAUUCUUCCUGGGGUUCGUGGGAUACUUUUAG